AUGGUCAUCGAGAUGGAAAAUUGGAACGCCGUCAAAGCAAUAUUGAAAAAACCAUGGAUACAUCUCCACCCCCAAGCCGGCGGUUGUCUUCUUCCUUUGGGUACCCAUGCAUUGCUACACCUAAGUCAAGCACCAUUCCGGAAGCUUGGGGAUAGUAGGGAAUGGGCAACCAUCACUCCCCUCGUCAUCCAAUCGUACUAUGAAAAAGGCGCCUGGCACGUUCGACGUGUCCCCAUGUUCACGGAUGGCUACUCCAGGGUCACAAUUCCAGCCGCCUACAUCCGCAUCGACAUCCGUGUCCUCAGAGACUUUGUGCCGGGCGUUCCCGAGUACGACGAAAUUGCCGCCAGAGGAGCCGUCAUAAACCGCGGCGUCAGUAUUUUCAGGAAAGGAGACAUCGCCACAUUGGAUGACUUCACCAUGUAUCCACCUUGUUUCAUCGAAGUCCGCUGUCCGAGACGUACUCUCGAAGGAGUCGAGGCAUUCCCAGGACUCUACCCUAUUCAUCGCUCUUUUGUCCAGCUUGGUUUACCACCAGAUCCGGAACGAAACUCUCAACAUAAACUCUGA